AUGCAAGGCCGUAUCCACCUAGCGCGCCAUGCGGAAGGUCUCCACAAUUUGCGCAACGAUGCCACGAUCCCCGAUGCUCCAUUGAGUGAACGAGGUUUUGACUUCGCGGAAAAUCUCGGACAUCGCUUCAUCAGCGAGUACUCGAAAAGUGUGGGCGAAAUCGUAUCCAGCCCACUCCGCAGGGCUCUCCAGACGUCCUUAACGGCAUUCCACCGGAUCUUGGACUCCACCCAGUAUCCUAAAAAUUCCGGCAUGGGUGUUAACAACGGAGUGAUGUUAGUCCUGGAUGCCAAUUUGCAGGAAAUUACCGACCUGCCUUGUAAUACCGGCUCCGAUCUGAACGAUCUAACAACCGAAUUCCCCGGACUUACGUCGGCAAUACAAAAACUGCAUGGGGAUUGGCAUGUCAAGACGGGGCCUCGCUCGCCGUUGACACAAUCUCUGAGCAAGAGAAAAGCCGAGAUUCUACACCGGCUCGAAAAAACUCUGACGGAUUUGCAAAAUGAACCGAUGGGCAAAGACAUUAUCGUUGUAACUCAUGAAGGUGUGAUUGACCUACUUGCACCCACUGCAGACAUUCAUAUGGGGCAAUGGCAAACCUUUAACUUGGUCAGAGAAAAUGGGCUGCUCUCUUUGAAAUGA